AUUUCUUAGUAUUUUCUUUUGGGGGGAAACCCUCGUCGGCCGAAUCGGAGCCGCACCUUCGCUCCCCAGAGAUGAGCAUCCACAGCGGCCAUGGCGGCGGCGGCGGCGACGACUCCGACUCCGACGAGGAAGGAGAGGUGUUCAUCGAUGACGACGACGUCAUCCAAGAGAUCCCCAUCGAUGAAGAAGAUCUUCCCGACCAGGACGAGGGAUUGGGUUCGGACGAUGAUAUCGAAGAAGCCGACGAUUCCAGUUACGUGUUUAAGGGUCAUUCAGAUGAACUAUAUACUGUAGCAUGCAAUCCAACAGACGCGUCUCUUGUGGCUACUGGAGGUAAAGAUGAUAGAGGAUUUCUGUGGAAAAUUGGUGCUGCGGAUGCAAGUUUGGAGCUCCAAGGACACCAAGAUACAGUGUCUACUGUAGCCUUCAGUUUUGAUGGGCAGUUACUUGCCACUGGAGGUUUUGAUGGACUUAUUCAUGUAUGGGAUGCUUCUUCAGGUAGUCUUAAGUGUACACUUGAAGGUUCUGGAGAUGGCUUUGAGUGGCUUAGAUGGCACCCAAAAGGACACUUGAUAAUAGCAGGCUCAGAAGAUACAAAUGUAUAUAUGUGGAACGCUGACAAAAGCAUCUGUCUGAAUACAUUUUCUGGUCAUGCUAGCAGUGUCACCUGUGGUGAUUUCACUCCUGAUGGUAAGCUUAUUUGUACUGGUUCUGAUGAUGCAUCACUCAGGAUAUGGAAUCCUAAGACUGGUGAGAGCGUCCAUAUUGUUAGAGGUCACCCAUAUCACACUGAUGGAUUGACAUGCUUGUCAAUAACCUCUGACUCUACUAUUGCUAUCACGGGCUCAAAGGACAGCUCCAUACACUUGGUGAACAUAACAACUGGGCGGGUGAUCAGCUCGUUAAUCGCUCACUCCAAAUCUGUGGAGUGCAUUGGACUCACACCAAGCUCUCCUUGGGCAGCGACAGGCAGCAUGGAUCAGAAGCUCAUUAUAUGGGAUCUUCAACGUUCUUCAGUGCGAUGUGCAUGUAAUCAUGAGGAGGGUGUAACAUGCCUUGCAUGGCUGGGUGCAUCUCAGUUUGUCGCAACCGGCUGCGUCAACGGUAAGGUAUGUGUCUGGGACAGUCUCACUGGCAAUUGUGUGAAAAUCUUCAGCGGCCACACAGACACCGUUCAAUCCCUCGCCCUGUCCGCAGAUGGCAACUCUCUAGUUUCAGUUUCAGACGAUGGUACCGCUCGCAUCUUUGUAGUGUCGGAGUUCCAAUAGUAGAUGCCUUCUCGAUGUGCGAUUGGGUUAGAGAUUAUUAGUAGUUGCAAGACAUGUAUUUUGCCAGUGAGUUGAAAAAUAUUCUUAAUAUAAUCUUAUGUAAUUUUGCUUUUAAAA